UCUGCGUGACUCCCCGACCGCAUCGCACCUCUGUCCCGCCACGCAGGGCUACUUUCUCAUCGCCUCUCUAAAACAGGAUAAAUAGGGGGGGUUUGGGCGCUAAGGAAAAGGCUGCACUGGGAGGUAAAAGUUGGAUAUUUCUUUCAUGAUUUUAUGGCUUAAUAACUUAGUUUCCUCUCGCUCACCCACUGUGCGCAAGAGGAGGAGAGAAACGGAACUUUCAGGGGACCUUAUCUCGCCCCGGAGUAACCGCGGGGGCAGCGCGCAGGUUUAAACCGAGGAGGUCACACCUGCCACCGGCUCCGGAUCUCCCUCUGGCCCGGCUGCGGAGGUGGAUGGUAUGGUAUAACUUUUCCGCUGCAGGCGAACCUGAGAGGAGACGUUUUAUGGUUUCGUGGAGAGGGGAUGCGAGCCUCUCCUCCGUGUCGGAUAGAGGAGCGGCUAUGAGGAGAGAGGUUCAACUACUUGGCUAACUCAACAAGAGAAAACUGCACCAACAGAAUGCGGGAACGGGGUCCUUGCAUUUGUGGAGUAGGCGUGUGGAGUCUACUGCUGUCUCUCUGCCUGGCCUCCCUCACACACGCACACAGGAGCCACACAGUACACGUGAAGGCAGGGACGUGUGAGGUGAUCGCUGCCCACCGCUGCUGCAACAAGAACAAGAUCGAGGAGAGAUCUCAGACUGUCAAAUGUUCCUGCUUCCCGGGGCAGGUUGCUGGCACAACCCGGGCCAUGCCCUCCUGUGUUGAUGCCUCCAUUGUAGCUCAGAAGUGGUGGUGUCAGAUGCAUCCUUGUAAUGACGGUGAGGAGUGUAAGGUUCUACCAGACCUCACUGGUUGGAGCUGCAGCACAGGCAACAAAGUCAAGACCACAAAGGUAACCCGAUAGUCCUGGCCGUCUAAAGGAGGUGGAGACAGAGGAAAAUGAUGGUGGACUUACUUACACAGCACAAUGGACCUAUCAGAAGGAAAACCCUCUCAGAAGGACUUCUACAAGGAAUCAGUUAUUCUUUAAUUUCUCUGAGGAUAUGGUGGCUGAAAAGACAGGAAUUUGACACCGUCUCCCUUUGACAAAACUGUGUUUCUUGGUCGUUUACUGCAGAGGACUGCAUCACCCACAAUCCUUUACUUUUACUACAAAUGACAAAAUGAAAAAAGUGAACUAUGAACUUAACACCACUGGAUUAGAAGACAAACAACUUUCUUUACAGCAAUCUGUAUUCUUCAUCUCUCUUCAAUGGCUUAGUUGUGGUCUUUAUGCAUACCCAGAAUAAACGGGAUGG